AUGCCAUCAAUUUGGAGAAAAGUCAAAGAGUACUGUCAAUGGUUUCUAUGGGGAAAAACUCCAUAUAGUCAGCUCAGUGAUCAUGGGAAGAAGGAGGCGAGAAGAGACCUGUACUGUCGAUUAUUCAUCAUUGCAAAUGCACCGUACUUCGCUACGGUUUAUGGGACUUUUGUGUUGAGCAUGGGUGUGUCAUCGAAACUUGCAGAUUUGAUGAUCAAAGUGGCGCCGGAACGAGAUAUCUGGAAAAAGUGUGUUGGUGGAUUCUGCUUCGGUACCUACAUCGUACUUCAUGUGAUAACAAUGGGUGCUGGUAUGAUGUAUAUUACGUUCCCUUUCUAUAUUUAUGUUUUCAACACUUCUUAUUCGUUUGUCACCAGGAAGUUUGGAGAUUCAUGGAAUAAAUUUGGGAAUUCGUGA